AUGUCUCUUGGGAAAGAAUUCAACGACGAACUCCAAGAAUGGCGACGCCAGAUACCCCCUUUCCUAGACGCGAGCCAGGUCGAACCCAAGUUCCUUCUUCCUAUGUUCGAGCGUCAAAGUAAUAUGCUGAGUCUUGCAUAUGCCCAUGCUGUCAUUCUUGUCAAUCGAGGUUGGGUUUUAUCCGAGCUGAAAGAUUCGCAGCUGGCACCUGGCGAGGAUAUGCGGUCGGAUGUCAGGGCCUGCCUGUCUGCGGCGCUGUCCAUCCUUGACACGAUCAAUAGGAUGUUCCAAGCGAACAGAAUAUUCCCAGCUUACUGGUUCACCCAAUAUCAAGGCUUCUGUGCUAUAGUCAUAAUUUACACUUACACUAUUCGCGCGUGGUCGGAGGUUAACGAGUUCUGUCUCAAGCACUUCCAAGCUGCCGAGCGCUGUCAGUCUCAAAUUGCAUCAAUCGCACAAGAGGGUUCGCUGGCUCAUCGAUACUUUGUGAUCAUGGAGGAGUUCCGGUCAGAAGUACGCGACCAUCUCAAGGUUGAUCCAGACCAAUGGACUGAAACGUUUCUCACGCCACGGUCUCCAUAUAACGUGCCUACAUUUCAGGCAUUGACGGAUGACGAGCUGUCUAUGGUGAUGAAUGGAUUUUUAGACCCUGGAAUAUCUCUCGUUGACUUUGACUUGGAUAGUUGCAUUGGGUCUGGAGAUCCGCAAGGUUAA